AAAGCAGCAGCAAGGAAAAAGGCGAGAAAAAAUCGUAAAACUACGAAAACCUACAAGUGCGGGGCAACCGAGGAAGCUGUUGCACACACGCCGGACCACUAUCCGCGCUCUCCGAACACCCGUGCCCGCGUCCGUCGCCACCACAAGAGCAGCAGCAGCAGCAGCCCGAAAUCGGCAGCAGCGGUGGUGCAAGCGAAGAGGAAAAUUCCAGCCGCUCGAAAUCCGCGCCAGCCAAAGGAAGCGCCGCCCACGCCGUCAUCAGCACUAGCGUGUGAAUUAGCCCCACUCAGCCCCUGGUUCGCCACCACAUCAAUCCAGUGCUCGACGAAGCUCCAGUCAGCGCCACAAACUCGGCAACAUGGACGUGUUUCUUAUGAUCAGGCGACAGAAGACCACCAUCUUCACGGACGCCAAGGAGAACACAACAGUGGCCGAACUGAAGCGAAUGAUUGAAGGCAUACUGAAGGUGCAGCCCGUGGACCAGCGGUUAUACAAUCAGGACAACGAUGUUAUGGAGGACGACAGCACGUUGCAGGACUACGGCGUGACGGUGUCCACGGCCAAGGCGCAGUCUCCGGCGCAGCUGGGCUUGACAUUCAGAAACGAAGUGGGCGAUUUUGAGACACUGGACAUGUCACCAUACUCGGCACCACCAGACUUACCUGAAGUAAUGUUCACGCCAGGAGGC